AUGGCAAUGCUGAAUGCAGUUGGAGCAUGCUGGUCUGAAUUCUCUCUGCUUCUCAGCUCUCAUCUGUAUAGGACCUUUAUCAGACCAAAAUUUGAAUAUGGAUUGGCUAUUCUCCCUCUGAAAAGAACUGAUACUAUCCAGCUUGAGAAGAUCCAAGAUAAAUGUUUGCGCAUGAUAGUUGGUGGGCACCAAACCUCAUCUACAACUGUGCUCAAACAUAUAUGUCACCUCCCUAGUAUGAGUUUCCGUGCUGAUGUGCUGAUAACAAAGUUUUGUAUUCGUGCUCACUACCUUCCCUCUGGCUGCCUUCUGUCUCUUCUUCACUGUCACCACUCUCAGUCUUCAUCACUUGUCUCUCUUCAUCAUAAUACUCUCCUUCAAAGCAUCUCUAUUGAUUUAAAUGUUCAUAGUGGCAAAGCUCUAAAACGUCACUUUGAGACCUUCCGACAGUUUAAAACUGAUCAGCUAUGUUUAUUAUCAACCCAAGUCCUGUUCUUAGCAUGCCGCCCUCUUUUGGAAGUAGAUCCUAUUCUGUUCUUGCCAGCAACUAGAGUAGAGUGUAGUCGUCUUAUUCGCUGGAGAAUGGGUUGGUUGCCUGGCACCCCAAAGGAUUGUCUAUGUGGUACUGAUCAUACCUCUUGUUGUCAUCUUGUUCUCUGCUCUUUGGUUCCUGCUCAUCUCUUAGCUUGUCUUCCUCACCUACCUGACUCCAGCUGCAAUCCAAUUGAUGCUGCCAUUACUGCUCUUCCAAGUUCUAGCACAGCUCCUUGUCCAUCCUAUUGGAUAGCUUUGUUAAUUAUUCUUUGGCAUUUUGAUAAGCUUUGCAAUCCAGAUGGUGACUACACUCAUGAAACUCACUUUGGUACUCUUUGGGCUGGACUUAGUUAG